GGAAUGACACCACCAAAAAUGGCCCCAUCCAACCUGGGGAUACUCGUCACCCUAGCUGCCAUCCUCACAGGGACGUCCGUAGAUUCUGCGAACGUGAUCAGUAACGAUGCCAGCAAGGCUAACCACGACCAUGGAGGCAAGAGCUUCAAGUUGCCCAAACACCUCCUGGACAGCACCCCGUCCCCUCUAGUGGAGCCUCCCCGCCGCCGGUUUCGGAGGGACCUCUCUCUCAGUGAGGACCGCAUUCACAUACACGGGAGACUCCGGAUCAUUCACGGAAUAGACUGGAACCCGGACUUCCUGUACAGCAACACCUCGGCUUUCGUGUAUUUGGAAGAUAAAAUCAUCAAUCUGCUGAAUUCAAUACUAAUGUCGAGCUCCCUGUCGGAUAACUAUCAUGGAGCGGUCAUUCAAGGAUUCAGAAAAGGCAGUGUGGAGGUGGACUUUACAAUCGUGCUAAAAACGCCGAACACAACCAGCAACGGCACCAGUGACAAUUCCACCACCGUCAUCGACGGCAGCACCCUCACUGGCGUUUUCAUGGAUGCACUCAGCAAUACGUCAUCAAACUUCAGCGUAGAAACGAAUCAGACAAAUUUCUUUGAAGUCGUGCUGGAAUCAGGAGCAAGUAUCAUCGGCCAGACCGAUUCUACAGAGACUCUGAGUUCUCUGAUGUCCUCCUACCUUGAACUCACCACCCAUGGCCAGUCCUCAGAUGCCAUGUCCUCACUGACCAGCUCAUCAGAAGCAGUAAGCCUCAUUACAAGUUCGCCAGUAAGUGACCUUUAUUCUGAUUCGGUUGUUGAUAGCGCGCAUAGCUCGUCAACAGAACCAUCAAGCGCUGCACUGCCGACAUCUGCUAGCUUGCUACCUCAACAUUCCGCCGAGUCCAUUGCUUCUUCAUCUGAUACAUCAGGUCAAACUAACCUCAUCACGCAACUGUCAGGUUCAGCUUCGUCAUCUUCUUCUCCUGUCAUCCUAUCUACAGAUGCUACUGCUGUGUUCUCCUCUGCAGCUUCUGAUGCCACUUCUUCAGCAACUACUACAAGUUCGAUAUCACCCGAAGAGUCGACGGCUACCGAUGUCUGA